AGAGUGAGAGAGACACGAUGGGAGCUUAUUGCAGCGAUGACCUCUCCCUGUCGCCCGCCUACAGCUUCCCCUCCGCUCAGGACUUCAGGCUCUCCAAGCACGUCCACGACAACCUCCACGGCUACGUCUACCUCGAUCCCCUUGCGUUGAAGUUCAUUGAUACCGAACAUUUUCAGAGGCUUCGUGACCUGAAACAGCUUGGUGUGACGAACAUGGUGUAUCCUGGGGCCGUGCAUUCCAGGUUUGAACAUUCUCUCGGGGUGUAUUGGCUCGCUGGCGAAGCUGUUCAAAAGCUCAAAACUUAUCAAGGCUUGGAGCUCGGUAUUGAUCGUUUCGACAUUCAAACGGUUAAAAUUGCUGGACUUCUUCAUGAUGUGGGCCAUGGUCCUUUCAGUCACUUAUUUGAACGCGAGUUCCUUCCCUUGGUUCUUAGAGAUUCCGACUGGAAUCAUGAGGAAAUGUCAGCGAAGAUUGUUGACCAUAUUGUUGACGAGCAUAAAAUCGACAUUGACCCUGAAAUGGUUAAGAAAGUUAAGGACAUGAUAAUUGCCAGCUCAGAGCAUUCACUACCCAAGGGCAAGAAGGAGAAGCUUUAUCUGUAUGAUAUUGUUGCAAACGGUAGAAAUGGGAUCGACGUAGACAAGUUCGAUUACAUUGCGAGAGACUGCCGAGCUUGUGGUCUAGGAUGCAACUUUGAGUUUCAGAGGUUAAUGGAGACGAUGCGGGUCUUGGGUGAUGAGAUUUGCUACCGCGCCAAGGAUUAUCUUACCAUCCACAAGAUGUUUGCAACUCGUGCUGAUCUCUACCGAACAGUCUAUACACACCCAAAAGUAAAGGCAGUAGAGCUUAUGGUGGUAGAUGCUUUGGUGAAGGCACAUGAUCAUUUGGAAAUUUUAUCUUACAUUCACGACCCUCAUGAAUAUUGGAAGUUAGACGACACUAUAAUAAAAACUAUAGAGACAGCUCCAGACCCAGAGCUUAAGGAAGCUAAGGAUUUGAUUCUGCGGAUUCGUAGGAGGAAUUUGUAUCAGUUUUGCAACGAAUAUGCUGUUCCAAAGGACAAACUGGAGCACUUUAAGGCCGUGACUGCACAAGAUAUUGUUUGUUCUCAGAAAAAUACUGGAGUAACCCUAAAAGAAGAGGAUAUCGCUGUAAGCAAUGUUAGGAUUGACUUGACGCGUGGAAGGCAAAAUCCUCUUGAAAGCAUCAACUUUUUCAAGGACUACGAAAGUGAAGAGAAAUUCACCAUACCAGAUGAUCGCAUUAGUCACUUGCUGCCAACAUCCUACCAGGACAUGAUCGUGAGAGUUUAUGCAAAAAAGCCUGAGCUGGUCGGAGCGAUUUCCGACGCCUUUGAGAACUUUCAGUUGAAGACCUAUGGAAUUAAAGCACAGGUACACUCGACACCGGAGAAAAAGAAGCAACGCAUAUCAUGAGGCCUCUAAGUGAGGGUAACAUCUCUAUUCUAGCUGUUAGAGAAUCAUUUGAAGAAUGAAGAUAGGAUAUACAACAGAAAAUCUAUUUCCAGACUGUACCUCCUAGGCCUGUCUUAGUAUUUUAAUACCAUUGCAUCCUUCUCGUCUGUCUAUUCCCUUUUUUUUUGUUUUGGGUCCAAAGAAUCAGAUCAUAUCUAGAAUUGAUAAGUACAGGUGGUGGUCCUCUACGAAAUCUGUAUGUCCUUACGACGUCUGCUUACGUUGAAUAUAACCGUUUCUUCUUUUCCUCUAUUGGCCAAAACAUUGGGUACA